AGAGCGCUUGGACGACUCUUUCUGCUGGCAACUUCUUAGCGCGUUAUUUCUGCUCCCCGGCCUGUUGCGCUCGUGGAAAUCCGUCCUUUUGACCUCUCUCGUAUUUGACAGUUAACCGGCACCGAAGCGCGCGCUGAGAUGGCCAACGCUCUGAAGAACACGCUAUUCGUUUCGCUGCCUAAGAGCGCUUACGGAGUAACAUGCGCGCGCGCUUGCUCGUGGUGGUCGCACGUCGAAAUGGGUCCCCCCGACCCGAUCCUGGGCGUUACGGAAGCCUUCAAGAAGGACACGAACCCGAAAAAGAUGAACCUGGGUGUCGGUGCAUACCGCGACGACGCCGGAAAGCCGUACGUCUUGCCCAGCGUGCGUAAAGCCGAGGAGAUAAUCAUGUCCAAGAAGCUGGACAAGGAGUACCUGCCCAUCGGAGGCAUGUCGGAAUUCUGCAACGCCUCGGCGCAGCUGGCCUUCGGCGAGGACAGCGAAGUCGUGAAGAGCAAGCGAAACACGACGGUCCAGGGCAUAUCCGGGACGGGCUCGCUCACGAUCGGAGCCUUCUUUUUGGGCCAGUUCUUCAAGGGCAACCGCGAGAUUUACAUGCCCACGCCGACGUGGGGAAAUCACGUGCCGCUCUUUAAGCGCGCCGGGCUCGCGGUUAAGCAGUACCGCUACUACGACCCCAAGACGUGCGGUUUCGAUUUCAGCGGCGCGCUACAGGACAUCGCCAAGAUACCCGAGGAAUCGGUCAUCUUGCUGCACGCGUGCGCGCACAACCCAACCGGCGUGGAUCCGAAACUGGAGCAGUGGAAGGAGAUAUCGAAGGUGAUCAAGAGCCGCCGCCUGUUUCCGUUCCUGGACAUGGCGUACCAGGGAUUCGCCACCGGAGACAUCGACCGCGACGCGGCGGCCGUGCGGCUGUUCGCCGAAGACGGUCACGGCUUCGCCGUCUCCCAGUCCUUCGCCAAAAACAUGGGUCUCUACGGCGAGCGCGUGGGCGCAUUCACGAUGGUGUGCGGCUCCAAGGAAGAAGCGGACCGCGUGAUGUCCCAGAUCAAGAUCAUCGUUCGGCCCACCUACUCCAACCCGCCCAUCCACGGCGCCCGAAUCGCUCACCUCAUCUUGACCGACCCCGAACUGAGGCAGCAGUGGCUCAAGGACGUCAAGGGCAUGGCGGAUCGCAUCAUCGGCAUGAGGACGCGCCUGCGAGACGGCCUGAAGCGAGAAGGAUCCACCAAGAACUGGCAACACAUCACCGACCAGAUCGGCAUGUUCUGUUUCACGGGCAUGACGCAAGAGCAGGUAGCCCGGCUCAUCAAGGAGUUCAGCGUCUACCUCACAAAAGACGGACGAAUCUCAGUGGCAGGCAUUUCCUCCAACAACGUAGACUACUUGGCACACGCGAUGCACCAAGUCACCAAGUGAAGACAUAUCAUCACCUCCGUCCAAGACGCGCCUUUGAGUGGUGCCCUCGUAGGUUGGAUCACAUUUACAUUCGCGUUUAUAAACUUAGGUGGAUUGCAUUGAUAUCGCACACUGCCGUGCUCGGGUUUACUACGGCCUCACUCCUAUUUUUGAGGAAGUCAUCAGUGACAGCUGGGACUUGUUUCAAACAUGCUUUACAUGGCGUGAACAUUUAGUCAUUUGUCGUUGCUUUAGGUUUCUGCUGUAAUCCGUUAUUGCACUGCAACCAGUGACAGUAUUGAUGAAAGUGCCACAUUUUAAUAAGAAGGCUCAGUACCUUUUUGCUUCUUAUUACGUGUUCAAACGAUAAAGUGUUUCCUCUAGAGCAUUUUUCUUUUGCCGUAAUUUCUUUGGUCAUAAUUAUUAUUGUUGCUGUAGCUACUGAGAAGUGUUCAUUUGCCACGGUAAAUAGUUUGUGUGAAAUAAAUUCAGCUUCAAGCGACUUGGAAA